CUUCCACGUGUAUUAACAACACUGUCUCACUGAUAGCUAGUUGCGCAUCAGCUACUCACUCAUCUGAGUCUACAAUUCAAUCAUAAAUUGAUUCACCUGCCCUGUUUACUGAUUUAAGACGUUAAGGACAUUAUACUAAAGGACAACAUUUGAGUCUCCUGACCAAAUUGGUGUAGCUGCAAGGAACCUAAAGGACGGGGACAAAAGCCUCUAGAUCAUCAUUAGACGUCUUAGCAACUAGAGAGCAGCAGAUAUAGUUUAGAUAACACGUGAGAAUCUACAAGUCACAAUGUCGAGCCCAGAUCACCAACAGCAACAGCAACAAAUCAUACAGAACAGCAAUGACCCCCAGUCAACGACUGUCACCAUACGCAUGAUAAUGCAAGGAAAGGAAGUUGGAAGUAUCAUAGGAAAAAAAGGGGACAAUGUCAAGAAAUACAGAGAAGAAAGUGGUGCCAAAAUCAACAUAUCUGACGGAUCAUGUCCAGAAAGAAUAGUUACAGUAACAGGGUCUACAGACUCAAUCUUCAAAGCCUUCACAAUGAUAUGUAAAAAAUUUGAAGAGGACCUGCAGAAUCUACCUAAUGGUGUCCCUAGGCCACCAGUCACAUUAAGGCUCAUUGUACCUGCCAGCCAGUGUGGAUCAUUAAUAGGAAAAGGUGGCUCCAAAAUAAAAGAAAUUAGAGAGAUUACUGGUGCAUCAAUACAAGUUGCCAGUGAAAUGCUUCCCAAUAGUACAGAGCGUGCAGUGACCAUAUCAGGCACAGCUGAUGCCAUUACCCAAUGCAUAUACCACAUAUGCUUAGUCAUGUUAGAGUCCCCUCCUAAAGGUGCGACCAUCCCCUACCGUCCAAAACCUGUCAUGCCGCCUGUUAUCUUUGCUGGAGGCCAGGCAUUCACAGUUCCGGGACAGUUCCCAGCCAUGCCACAGCCACAAGAUCCCAAUGGGCAACUAGGUGGUAUGAAUGGGGAGGAGUUGAUGCAAGGCCCACAGGGAAUGCUGAACACAAAUAUGUUAUUGCAGAUCCAGAAACAGAUGGCAAUGCAACAGAGCUUAUCUGCUAUGCCACACCUCAUGCCAGGACUAUCUGCUGCCCAGCCAGGUCUCAUACAAAGUUACUCUCCAUAUGUUUCAGCAAUGGGGAUGACCCCCGUAACCCCAGCAUAUACACAGCAGCCUGCCCCCCAGGUUCUACGCCCUGGCAACCCUGCCCCACAACAACAGCAAGCUGCACAACAACAGACCACGCCAACACCCAUACCAACUCCCAAUGCGCAAACGCACGAAAUAACAGUCCCUAAUGAUCUCAUUGGGUGUAUUAUCGGGAGGGGAGGACAAAAAAUAAAUGAAAUCAGACAAUUUUCUGGUGCUCAAAUAAAAAUAUCAAAUCCUGAAGAUGGUUCAACAGAUAGAAAAGUGACAAUUACAGGGGUACCAGAGGCCAUACAGGCAGCACAGUAUUUAAUAAAUGCGAGCAUGGAAUUACAUAAGACCUUGACCCUCGACCCCACCUCUAGCCCCCAGACAGCACCUCUGGUGUCGCAGGCUCCCUCCCUCAACACCAUGGGACUCCCCCUAAGCCACGUGCCUGUCAAACCUCUUCCAAUGUCAAUUUAUGGACUCAAUGUUGGCUUAGUAGAUAAUGCCACAAAAACCUACAUGCAAAAAAUCAAGGCCACUCCGGCCACUGCUACGGCCUUGAAGAAUCAGGCCAGCGUGAAGUUUGCUCCUUACUAGCCUGAGUGCACUGUUGUCAUGGUUACCAGCCUCAUUAGUAGUAAAUACUGACAGGAUCUCAAGUCAAUCACCAGGGGCGUGUCCUCAUGCUCUGCCUAGAUGCCGGCAGCUUGAUGUGAGCCCAAAUUUUCAGCAUAUAUUCAUAGAACAAAAUAUAGGGUAUAUUUUGAAGUACACCUGUACUUAAGUUUAUGUUAAAGACAAUACAAAAUGCCAAAUUUUAUUUGAUUUUGAAAGCAAUAAUGUUAUACACCUCGUUUUAUCCUGUUGUUAUGUUAUGACUUUUAAUGUACAAUGUACAUGUAGUUUUGGGGCUAGUGCUAUGGUAGGUUUGUGGUAACGACUGAGCAAUUGGUAACCAGAAGUGGUUGCCAUGUAAUAUUUCUGUUCCACCAUUCCUUCACAAUCAAAUCACUUUUAUGGUGUCAUAUAAGCUUUGACAAAUCAGGGAUACUGUGUUAUUAACUGCGAGCCUGCUUUGUAGGCAUACUUAUGCCCAACUUGGAGGCAACUAACUAUUUGUGUACAGUACUGCUAAAAUGUGCAAUAUUACUGGAAUGUAAUGUAUUAAUAAGAAUUGCUAUUUUGUGGAGAAUUUUUUUAUUUUUCAGAAGGUCAAGCUUUUAGAGUGGGUUAGAUGGUUACAUUUAUAGCUAAUAAGUAUUAACUGAAGUACUUACAGUGAAAGUAUGUUUUUGUGUCUGUCCCAUUUAGGGAACCCUUCAUAUAAAGGUAUAUGUAUUUGUGUAUCAUAGGCGAAUUCUUUGAGAUAAGAAGAUUGCUAUAUGAAGGGGACCUGUGUAUAUAGCACUGCACUCAUGCACCAUUCAUGUACCAUAGACCCAUAUUGUUUUUAAUUUUACCAGGUGUUAAUAGGUGUUUGAUUGUUUAGUUAUCUCCAUGGCAAUCAAAGCCAGGUGAUGUAUAUUAUAAUAUGCUGUUAACAAUCAUUUUAAAUGCAUUGUCUCAUUUGAAAAACCUCACAAAUUGUUAUUACAUUAUUCUUUAACUUAAGUAUUAUGUCUCCUAACUUAUUUUGGGAAAUUAUACAAUUUUAGUCGUAUCAUUUGAAAUAUGUUUUUAGAUUUUAGAAAUAAAUUUUGCCAGUUUAUGUAUCAUCAAUUCAUCAUAGUGUAUAUGAAAUGUCAAUUCAAAUUGUAUUAAAGAAACAUUAAACAGUGUAUUUGGUACUUGAUUUUUCAAUUUAUUAUCAUUGUCUCAAAUUGUUGGAUAAAAGUCAUGCAUUAAGUCCCUGAGUUACCUCCCUCUUAACAUAGUACCUUAAAUAGAUAGUGAAGGGGGGGGGGUUGACCAGAGACCUGAUGCAGGGCAAGAUGAAUUAGAACUUAUUUACAACAGCAAUGGAAGCUUUUGGUAUGUGAGGCUAAGUACAUGUAAUGGGGAUCGAAAAAGUGUCAAACAUAUGAAGUUAUAUUUUUAUUGCAUUUUAUAAAGACUUUCUAUUGAAUGAACUUACUUAUCACCAGCAGUGUCAUGGAAACGAAGAAAACUUAAAAGUAGAUUACUUGAGUUAUGUAAUUAUAUGUACAUUAUAGAGUGUAGGACAUAUAGAGGAUAACAAGUCAUCUGUUAGUGCCAAUCAUGAAAAUCAGAAUUAUUAUAUUCAUAAUAAUGAUUUUAAAUAAUUAUUGAUAUAUUAUUGCGACAAUUUGCAUGAGUCAAUCAACAAGCCACUGUUCAUACUCAGUUCUGAAUUGAAAAAGUCCAUUGAAUUUUGGGUUUUUUCUGUCUUCGAUUCUUAUUAGAAAUUUGAAUGAAAUGACAGAUGAGGGAAGAGUAUUACUGUGCCUUCCUGACUGUUUCUUAUUACUAUGUCAUGUUUUUUCGUCGCUGUGUUUUCCAACAAAGCAAUGUAUACAAAAUGAUUCAAAUGCACAUUAAGGUUGACAAUGUUUGUCUUGAAAGCUUUAUAUGGAUUUAUUUGAUUCAGAACUGAGUUGGCACUUUGGUUUUUCAAUGUGUGACUAGUCUAAGUAAAUGUUAGGCAUUUACACUUACCGGUAUUUUAUCAGAUAUACAACCAUGAAUUUCAAAUUAUAUUUCACAAAAUAGAAAUAUUUAUAGAGAAUAUUCAUUGGGAAUGUAUUUUUACAAAUACAUUUCAUAUUCAUUGAGAGAAAUCUUCAUUAUGCUGUGCAAUAGUGGUAAACAGCAUUAUUUUAUAUAUUUGCCUGAAAAUCUGUGUUAUGUUUUGUUAACAAAAAACAGACAUUUGUACUUUAAAGAGAGUGGGACUUGAUAAUUAUACUCUAUACUCAUAAACAUGGUAUAUUGUUACAAUUGUAUGUUAUGUUAAUUAAUACAACUUUUGCUAGUAAUCGAAUAGUGGAUAUAAUAUUUUGUGUUUUAAACAUACACUUUGUUAAGUGUAGAAGCAGCUAUUUUGAGAAACACUUAAAAAUAUAUCAAACUCCACUCUCCUUAAAAGGCAUCAAAAACAUGGUAUUUCUAGUAAGCAUUUAUAUUUAAUCCAUUUGGACAAUUUGUGAGACAUGAAUGCCAAACUUGCCAAUCUCAAGCGAGACCACAAAAAUUGUCAGUCUUGCAUGAGAUUCCGUUCCUUGUAUAAAUUCAGUCUUCGACCAUGUGACUCUCUUGUAUUCAAAUCCAGUUUUAUC